UCUAGUUAGUUGUUAUUUUUUCCUGUAAAAAAUUCACAUAAAAUACUUCUUUAAAGGACAAGCUGAUCAAAUGAAAAGUCUGACAAAACGUUUAAAAGGGAGUCAAAGUACGUAAGCCGGCGACAAACUUCUGCUUGGAGAGUGAUGACGUAGUACACAUUCGGUUGUCCGGAGCUGAAGAAGCAUGUCUUCUACCUUAGGUGUGCUGAGCGACGCAGAAAGGCUUUUUAUCGUCCACGGAGUUCAGGAUGACCUGCGGUCUGACGGGCGUGCCUGUGAGGACUACAGACAUGUGCAGGUGGAAACUGACGUGGUGUCCAACACCAGUGGAUCCGCUAGGCUCAGACUGGGUAACACAGAUAUUCUAGUCGGUGUGAAGGCUGAGAUGGGAGAGCCAGACCCAGGAAGACCAAAAGAAGGAAAACUAGAGUUCUUUGUAGAUUGUUCAGCCAAUGCUUCCCCUGAGUUUGAAGGCAGAGGAGGAGAAGAACUAGCUAUCGAGGUCUCCAAUGCAUUACAAAGAAUAUUCAACAGCAGAAGUACUCUGGACUUGACUGCUCUGUGCAUCAUACCGGAAGGGCAAUGCUGGGUCCUCUAUGUGGACGUUCUGGUUUUGGAGUGUGGAGGAAACCUUUUUGAUGCUGUCUCUCUCGCUGUCAAAGCUGCCCUCUUUAAUACAAGAAUUCCCACAGUGGUAGUGACAGCAGACGAUGAGGGUCAGCAAGAGAUUGAGCUGUCAGAUGAUCCAUAUGAUGUCAAAAGGCUGGAUGUGGACAAUGUACCUCUUAUUGUCACUUUGAGCAAGAUUGGCCACAGACAUGUAGUGGAUGCUAGUUGGGAGGAGGAGCUGUGUUCCCUAGCCAGACUCACAGUUGGAGUCACCCAGAAGGGAACCAUCGCAGGUCUCAACAAGGAAGGCUCAGGGAGUCUGGACCCUGAGAGCAUCUAUGAGAUGAUAGAGUCUGGUAAAAAGGUUGGAAUGGUGCUGAAUUCCAGACUAAAAGAAGCCUUGGAGAAAGAGGAGAACAGCAAAAGAGAGAAAAUUGGCUUCUUAGGAUAGGAGAGCAGUAUCAUAUUGUCAGUUUACUUUAAAGUCAGAAUAGCAUCAGAGUGGUAUUUUAGAAUUUCAGAGUUAGCUUGGGACCAAAGUGGAGACAUCAUGUACCGUUAUGAGGGUGAAGUGAAUUAACACCAACAUGACUAUACGUGUGUUUGCUAUGGCAACACCUAUACUUUCUAUGUUGCAUACAUUUAGAAUUUUACACAUUGCUGAAUCCUCGUUUCAGCAUUUUCUCCCACCUGAUAUAUUUGGUUACCAAUGACAACAUGUCAUCUUGUCAGUGAUGAAAUUAUUUGUUCACACACUCAGGCCAUGCUUUCUCAAACUUUAACUCAUUGACAGACAAAUAUAUGGCCACAUAGAAAUCACUUUAGUGUGUAAACUCUACUGUUUAAUAGACCCAGUUUGGUGGACAGGCAGGACUCCAUUUCUGUAUGUUUUGUUCCUAAGUAAGGCUAAAGAACAGACACCAUUGUAUUAUGCAAUAGUUAUGCAAGUAUGGCCAGGCCACAGUUGAGAUUAUGUCUGUUGACCAAUCAAAUGGCCAGUCUCGAUCAGCUCAGACAUCCAAUAAACAAAACUGUCAAGGUUCAAUAUAAAGAUAUUGCUAGCUUAGGUUUGCCCACCUCCUACUAUUGUCAUGCUUUGCUGAGCUAUGGAAAAACAGCUCAGUAAUAUAUAAGCCUUUCUAUUGAAAGUUCAUGCUCAUGGGCUAAUUGCAAACAAAGUGAAGCAGUGGUAUACAUGAUGAACAGAUUUCCUUAACAGAUGAGGAAAAUGAGAUUUAUAAAUAAAACAAAACAGAAAUAACGUCUAAUCUAAAUAUAUUUGAUGGGUUUGACUUCUUUUC